UCAGCUGAAAACGUCAGUUACAAAAUCCUAUACGCCCGUUAGAAAAUCCCAUUAUAGUCUAUGGAUUUUUUCAAUCAGACAGGCGGGAGCGAGCGAUUUGAAGGAAGUGGAUGCGCGCAGGCUCCCGGGGACAAGGGAUGGAGCUGGAUGCUGAGCCAACAUCUGAGACACUGACAUCUGUUGCCUUCAAACUGGUGUUACUGGGGAGCAGUGAUGUGGGAAAAUCCAGCCUGGUUCUCAGAUAUGUAAGAGGUGAUUUCCGGGAAACCAUCUCUACUACAGGAUGUGCCUAUUUUUCCCAUAGAGUUAAUAUUCAAGGUAGAAUCAUAGACUUUGAGAUCUGGGAUACUGCUGGACAGGAGAGAUACCAAAGUUUGUGCCAUCUUUACUUUCGUGGUGCCAAUGCAGCUUUGCUGGUCUAUGACAUCACUUCCAAGGAGACCUUCAACAGAGCUCAGUUUUGGCUUCAGGAACUGCAGAAAUAUGUCUUUAGUGGAGACAUGGUUAUUGCACUGGUAGGAAACAAAAGUGACCUCCAAGCUGAUGUCUCUAGCCAGGAUGCAGAGGCUUUUGCUGAACAAAAAAAACUUCUGUUUAUGGAAACUUCAGCUAAGACAGGAAAAGGCGUGAAUGAGGUUUUUGGUGAAGUGGCCAGAAAUCUACUGACUAUGGAACAACACAAGAAGGACAAGCAACUUAGAAAGAAUUUCACUCUUGAAGAAACACAUCCCUCCAGUGUAAGGCAGAGAUGCUGCAAUUUCCAAUAAAAGCAGACCUACAGAAUAGAUUUCUUAUGGAUUCUGCAUUGGAAUCUGCACGAAAUCCACAUGAAAUUUUACAUUACAUUGCUUUAUUUGAAAAAUUAUGUUGUGGUAACCAAUGAAGUCCACAUUAAGGAAAAAAAAGAAGUGAUAUGUUGCUUCUUCACAUGAAAUCUGUGUUGGGUAUUCAUACAUGGAUUACAAACAUUUCUGUUCACUUUUUACAGAAGAAAAUGAAGGAAAAUGACCUCAGUUAGGGAGAAAUACCAAUGAAUA